AUGGUGGGGGAUCCCUUGCGCCAGAGGCAUUGGCCGGGCUCUGCUGGCACGGCCUUGCUGCUGCUGCUGCUACUGCUGCUGCGAGCUUCGUUGCGAGCUGGCGCCGGUGAGGCCGAGCCGCUGGCUGAGAGCUACAUUGUAGCCGAUGAUGAGGGCCACCUGCGCCUACCAGAGCAGGUGUAUGUCAAUGAUAUGGACUUGACGGCCGAGCUGAUCCUGCUGCAGGCCAACACUACCCGUUAUGGCCAGGAGUUGGACCCCUACCGUCAUCUCUCGAUUCACGGCACCGUUGUCCAAGGCUUUCAUAUCGUGUGGAGUCGCACGUUCUUUCCUCUGAGCGCCUCUCUAAGCGAUGGGACCACGGCCCUCGAGUUUGAUGCUACCAUUACGCUCGGCAAUCCCUCGGGUCGCUUCUACGUGGCCAUCGAUUGUUGGGCUGGCGAGCGGCAGAUCACCAACCGGAUGGCGUUUCGCAUACCGAAGACAGCAGCCGUGGUGACGCAGGCCAGCUCGGACACGCUUCUCCUUGACCUUAGCGCCACCGGAAAUCCGUCUGCAUGGUCUCUGUCCCUCGAUUCGAUGGUGUAUAUAGGCUUCUACUACAACGCGACCGGUUUGCCCUUUGAAGUGCUUGGUGCACCACUGCUGGGUCAAGAGCUCCGACCUGAAGGCAGCGAAUUGUGGCUGAAUGUGAGCGUGCCUCCCGCUGUGGUAGCUGCUGUGACGAGUCAAAAUGGACCCGUCACCGCCUUUGUCCAUAGUCUUGGCCCUUCGUUUGUGUACCCCAUCGGCUGGUUUUACCCUGGCUUUGGCGAGCGCACCAAGACCAUGACGUCCCAGGUCUCCCGCAUAGUUGACCCGAGCCGUUGGAAUGCCUUUCGACUUGGAACGACACGCUUUCGGAUUGGAUUCAUCUUCAACUAUCCCAUAGAUGGCGACACGUCCGACCCCAAUACCAGGAUCACGCAACUUCAGGACUUUCGCGUUCGUGAGGUUCUGCUCGAUGCCCCUUGA